CAAUGACAUAUAAACGAUGAAUGAAGCCCUCCGUAAUGAUCGAGCAGGUAUGGUGGAAGGUAAUGGCGAGGCCAUAAGUACCUUGUGCUGUCCGUGAGCUCAACCUGUGGAAACGGGCAACUCGGUCCACUGAAAUGCCAAUUUAGCGCCACAUGCUGCCGUUCCCACCUCGCCUAGCGUUACCUGGAAGCCACUGAGUCGCAGCACGGGGCAACCUGAACAACCUAAGGGUGAGGUAUCCAUCGUCGACCCUGUGUGCACACUGCCUACCUUACCUUAAGGUAUCUUAGUCCACUACCUCAAUUGUUCAACAACUCGGCCCUCAUUUCUCUUUCCUCCUCUCACACAAAACAACAGCUCUAAUGUCAAUAGACCUCAACUGGGAAACGCUCACGACGGGCCCCGACGGAGAGGCCCUGGCCCUCCGCAUCCGCGACUUCAUUCACACCAAAUUCCAGGCCGUGCCUCUGCCUCGCUUCAUCAAGUCUGUCAAAGUACACGACUUUGAAUUCGGCACCAUCGCACCCGAAUUAGAGCUCAAAGACAUCACCGAUCCCUUGCCGGAAUUCUACGAGGAGAACUCCGACAUUGAGGACGACGAGGAAGAGGAGCAGGCUAUCCUCGAGGAGCAGGCACAGCAGCAGCAGCAUGGGCCCCGGAGCCAGCUGAGCGCCGGCGAGAGGAGGAGGCAGAGGGAGGAGGCGUCGAUGCCGCCGCGACUGAGCACGCAUGCGCUCCGGGGCCAGUCGGGGGAUUUUCCUAGUCCGUUUCUGGGUGUUUCGACGCCGGGGAUUCUUGGUGGGACGUCGAAUCUGCAUUAUUUCCAGUCGCAUCUCGGGACUGGGUGGUCGGGCACGCAGACGCCCCUCGCCGCGGUGGCGGGUGCGCACAUGGGCAACAGGCUAGACACCUCAGCCGUGCUAUCCCCCGUCGGCUCGCCGCCGGCGAAUGGCUUCUCGCCAAGUCACAGCCGGAACCCCUCGCAGAGCUCCAUCUCCGUGAGCGACUUCAACCCGGCGCUGGCGCAGCUGAGGGAGAAGUCGAGCGUGUCGACGCUGGCGCCCACAUCGGCGGGGGCGUCGAGGCCGCCGACGCGCGACACGCACCUCGCGGGUUCAGCGAUCCAGGAGGAGGACGAGGAGGUUCUCCCCGGAGAGGAAGAGGGCGACGGCGACGGCAACAACAAUCACAACGGCAACGCGCCGCGGUUCCGGGAGCCGAGGCCCGAGGACCUGCAGGCCGUGUUCCGCAUACGGUACGCCGGCGACGUGAGGCUUCGGUUGACGGCGGAGAUUUUGCUCGACUACCCGAUGCCAAGCUUCGUGGGGAUCCCCGUGCAGCUGAGCGUCACGGGCCUUACGUUUGACGGCGUGGGCGUGAUGGCGCAUAUCCGCAAGAGGGUGCAGUUUUGCUUCUUGAGCCCCGAGGACGCGGUCACGGCCGUGGGCGCGGAUGAUGCGGGCCCUAGCGAGCCUGGUAAGAGGUUUGGUGGGUUAUUGCAGGAGAUACAGGUUGAGAGCGAGAUUGGUCUGCGGGAUGGAGGGAAGCAGAGCUUGAAGAACGUGGGCAAGGUGGAGAGAUUUGUCCUGGAGCAGGUGAGGAGGAUAUUUGAGAAUGAGUUUGUGUAUCCCAGCUUCUGGACGUUUUUGGUCUAGGGCGAUGAUGAAUGGCAUGGGAUGGUUAAUUAACCUGGCGUUCUUCACGAGAUAUGACAUGCGUUGUUCACGGGCAAAAGGGAUAACAAAAAAUGGCUGGUAAAAAACUAGGGGCUGGUGGGAUUUGCUCUGCAUUGGUAUCUAUCUACAAGGAAGAACAGAAAAU